AUGCAGGCCGUCAAAGGACAGGCUGAGCUGGUGCGCAAGGCCAAGCUUGCCCGCUCGUAUCAGGAGCUUCUCGAUGAAUUCUCCAGCAAGGAUCUCAAAUCCGUCGGCUCCUAUACUCUUGGUCGGUUGAUUGGAAAGGGAUCGUUUGGCAAGGUUUACCUCGCCUCCCACAAGCUCACCAAUGGCUCCAAGGUCGUCCUCAAGUCCGCCAACAAGGGCGACUCCAACCUUGCCCGGGAGAUCCAUCACCAUCGACAGUUUAUACAUCCGCACAUUGCGAGGUUGUACGAGGUCAUCGUGACGGAGAACAUGGUUUGGAUGGUUCUCGAGUACUGUUCCGGCGACGAACUCUACAAUCACCUCCUCGAACACGGUCCGCUACCCGUCCAAAAAGUCCAAAAGAUCUUUACACAGCUCGUCGGCGCCGUCUGCUACGUCCACAACCACUCGUGCGUUCACCGCGAUCUCAAGCUCGAAAAUAUUCUCUUCGACAAACAUGAAAAUGUCAAGCUGGUCGACUUUGGGUUCACAAGAGAGUAUGAGGGUAGGACCAACCACCUCCAGACUUUUUGCGGUACCAUUUGCUAUUCAGCACCCGAGAUGCUCAAGGGCGAGAAAUAUGCUGGCGAAAAGGUGGAUGUUUGGAGUCUCGGUGUAAUUCUAUAUGCUCUACUCUGCGGCGAGCUUCCCUUCGACGACGAUGACGAUAACGUUACCCGAACCAAGAUCCUGACCGAGGAACCCAAAUUUCCCGAUCAUCUUCCAGCCGAUGCGGUUCCGCUUAUCAAGGCACUCUUGUCCAAGAGGCCGCUCCUACGUCCAACAUUGCCAGACAUCCUCGCCGACCCGUUCCUCGCCGAGCACGCCCCUACCCAGCGAGCCAUUCUCGAUGUCCAGCAAUCGCCUCCCUUCUCGACUCCCCUGGAGAAGGAUUGUUUACAGAGGAUGCGAAGCGCAGGUGUCAACAUUGACGCCGUAAUCGAAAGUGUGCUCGCUCAAAAGUGCGAUACUCUUGCAGGAUGGUGGGCUCUCCUUCUCGAAAAGGAGCAGCGCAAGAUGCGGAGAAAGGAGGCGAAGAGGAAAGAGAGGGAGGCUGAAAGCCGCAGCAUACGACGUUUGUCCGCAGCAUCGAGCCGAUUGGAACGGAUAGCUCCCAUCCUACAUGAGGUGGACGAGGCUAAUGGCAUGUCACGACACAUGAGGCUAGAGCACUCGGGAUCAGGAUCACGAAGUCGAGGGAGGAGCGAGCGGAGGAGCGCCCAUUACGUGGAUUAUGUGGUAUCGGAUCUCCCUCAACUACUCGAAGUUGGAAAAGAACCAGGAGGAGCAAACGCCGACGGUGAUCAUCCUCCUCCGCCCAUCGACAAGGAUUCGAUCAGAUCAGUUUCGACCUCUCGACAGCGCCGGCCCAUUCCACCUCCUAAGGAGGGCCUAAUACGCAGUGCUCGAUCACGGGGCUCGACUCUUCAUCUGGUUACGACAUCGGAUGCACUGGGGACGGAUGGUGGCAGUGCUCAGAGCCAGCAGAGCCAGGCAAGCGGUUCCGAAAAGACACGGAGGAAGCCCAGCCUCGCAUUCAUAACCCACUGGAAGAAUAUGACACACUGGUUGGCUGAAAACACGACGAGGAGGAGCAAACGUGGGCACGAGAGGCGGACAAGUCGGAGCACACCCGACCUGCAUAAGAAAGAGGGCAGUGCCACCAGCACCGGGCUGCCCAAGGGAGUCGUGGCUAACGGCCAUGUCGCGAGGACACAUCAGGCCAGCAGCAGUGUUCAGAGGACAGCCUCAGGAGGGUUGACAUCUCCUACCUACCCCCCGCCACGUAUCACUACGGGAUCGUCGUACAAGCGACAGUCGUUGUCACCCUCGCCCCUGACCCCGAGGUCGACGAUUCGGCGGUCGUCAGCUGGACUGCGAGGCCGAAAGUCAACAUCAUCAUCUGUGUCGUCGGUUCGAUCGAUCCACCAUCAUCAUCAUUCCCACUCAAAGGCAUCGUCCACCAGCUCAGCGGCUUCUUUUUCUACAUCCAUGUCGAAAACGCCUCUUCAGCGAGGCCAUUCACCUCAUCAUUCUGUCAAGGUUCUACCAGCAACACCUACUUCUGUGUCGUUUCCAUCAAAUAUCCGUCUUGUUCGAGCGACACCACCUCCAUUGAGCAUCUUUAACGAAGGUAUGCCAUCUGGUCCCCCGCAGGCACCCGGAUCACCGAACCCCUUCUCUUCUGGCAUCAUGUUUGCCAAGCGGAAACGCAACUUAUUCAAGGGGCCGACACUUAACUUUGCUGGAUCUUCACAAGGACAACGCAACAGUGGAUCCGGUUCGCAUUCCCGAAGUGCGAGUGCCUCUGGACUGGGACGUCGAUCUGGAGAAAUCACCAUUCAAGAGGAGGAUGAGGGAUCCGGAGAGGACGAUGAUAUCGAAGAAGUCGAUGUCUUUAGUCCGGUCAUUGGGGGUCCAGGGGAAAAGAUCGAAGAGCAGAUCUUUGAAGAGCAUGAAACACCAAAACUGGAACCGGCGCCCACCAUCAUCGAGAAGAGGCCAGAGAGAAACGAGAUCGCUGAAACCGAUAAAGAUGAGGACGGCGGCGAGGAAAGCGAGGGGGGGACUUUACCCGAGGAUCAAAGACAGACUAGAAGCGAGUGA